GGUCACUUUCCUUCUGUCAGUUUUUGGGUACAUAAAUUGCAAGAUCGGUGGAUGAUAAAUUCGCUGGAGUUUUCCUCGGUGAUUAGGAACUUUUCCGUCCCAAGGCAGACGUCUAUCAAGAUUUCUUGCGUCCCGGGCGAGCUUCAAUAGCUAUACCAACCCCCAGUGAACAUGCGGACGGAAGGAGUCCUCACUAGGGGAACCUUUGCGGGGAACAAUGACGGAAACUUCAGUUCUGUAUGUCCCAACGGAACGGAAUGGAUCUGGUUUGGGCUUGGGGAAUGCGCACAGGAUGCCAGGGAUAUGGCCAGCGUCAUGCUAGGCCUUUUGUCCAUAUUGUGCUUCAUGGUGUCUUCAAUCCCACAAUACAUCAGCUCCUGUAAGACUGGAAACAUGGACAGUGCUCUGUCCAUUUGGUUUCUAUUGCUGUGGCUGGCUGGUGACACCUGCAAUCUAGUGGGUUCCUUCCUUGCCGACCAGCUUCCACUCCAGACAUACACAGCAGUGUAUUAUGUCCUGGCUGAUUUGGUGAUGCUGGCAUUGUACUGUUACUACAUGGCUAAGAACAAGAUGUCUGACAGCAGGUCAUCUCUCAACGCGUUGGCUUUGAUCUACCUCCUUGGAUUCACCGCCAGCUUCCUCACCCUACCUGGGUCAGGACCUCAACAGGAAGUGAUGACCUCUGGGUUCAAAGGUCGGGCUUUGUUGUCAACCUCGGAGGCUGGUGUUUCUAGUAUUCAGGCUUUCACUACCAAGGAGAUAAUAGGGUUCACCAUUGGCUCAGUGUCCUCUGUGCUCUACCUCUGCUCCAGACUGCCACAGAUGCACACUAAUUACAAAAGGAAGUCGACCGAAGGCGUGUCCUACUUCCUGUUUGCGCUCGUCAUCCUGGGGAACACCACUUAUGGCCUCAGCGUGCUGCUCAAGAAUCCGGAGCGAGGCCAGGGCGAGGAGAGCUACAUCCUCCAUCACUUGCCCUGGCUCAUCGGCAGCCUUGGCACCCUCUCGCUCGACAUCCUCAUCUCCUUCCAGUUUCUCAUAUACCGAAAUGCUCCUGUUGCGACAGAGAAGCAUAGUGAUGAGACUGCUGCUCUGCUUGGAAACUGAAAGAACCUUGAGUCUGUUGGAUCAACUGGUUUAAGAUGAAGCAACAGUCGUUUACAACCAAUGAACUCUCCAACUCACAUUCCUGACACACUAGACAGAAACACAGAUUUUCUUUUCUUGCAAUUUUUUUCAUUUUAUUUAUAUGUAAAAAACAAUUGUAUAAUAAUUCUUUUUUUUCUGUCUGUAUAUGGAUUGUGAAAAAUACGCAACGGUGGUCAUUAAGAUGUCCGUAGCAUAUUUUCUUGAUUGCCUUAAAUUAGUUUUUUUUUUUUAAAGGGACCUUGAAAUUUUAAUGUCUUAAUCAAGAAUGGGAAACUCCAGUCAUUGAAUUGUGUCAGAAUGCUGACUUGAUGUUGACACUCUAAGAUACAUGUUUAAAAUGAGUCUUUUCUCAUUUACUUUUCCGUUUCCUUUCCUACUGAAACAAGAAGGUGGGAAAAACUACAAUUUCUGUCCAGAACUUGAGAUGCUUCCAACAUGCGUUCAAUCUAAAUACCUCCAGUUUUUCAAACUUGCUACAAUCAAACUUUUCAAACGGAUAAUCUUGACACUAAUCACUGCAAUGAGCCUCUCAACGUUCACCUACGAGAACUCCUGUCUGUUUUGAAUCAUGUUUACAAGGCACAACAAUUAUCGUGUGGAUUUAAAUACUGGAAUUUGUACAUGUGAAAUUAUUGUAACUUUUACUUAGUUAUGUGUAAAUGUGUGCAGUAAAGUACAGUUUUUCAUGUUAUUUAACCAUACACGGUGAUGGCCUUGUGUUGAAACUUUAAAUAUGAAUGCAUUUUGUGCAGUUAUCUUUACAGUCAUAAUUUGUUUCAAUAAUUGCCUUUUACUUUAUUUUUUAUUUGGAGACUAGACAUCGUAUAUUUGCUUAGUGUCAACGUACAUUUAUCACAGCAUUUAUCCAGUGAUGGAAUGGUUUAGUUUUUUGUAAAUGGUUUUAAGUUAACUUAAAUUGUUUCUUUUUUCCCUAACCCAUGUCGUGCUUUAUCACAAAUUACAUGUUUGCACAGUUGUGAUUUAUGUUUGUCACAAAUUAUCACAUCCUACUUCUUUGAUCAACUGAUGUCACUUUUAAAUGUUCCAAUGAGUUAGGUGUAAUAAAGUGAGCUUUUAAUUGAAAUGGGAAAA